AUAGGGGAUGGAGGGAGCGACGUUGAGGCGCUCGCUACUGGUUAUGCUGGAGCUGGUGGCGGCGGCGUCGGCGCUGGACUGGUGGCAAACGGGCGUCAUCUACCAGAUCUACCCGCGCUCCUUCAAGGACUCGGACGGCGACGGCGUGGGCGACCUCAACGGGAUCACCCAGGAGGUGGACUACGUGGCCGGCCUCGGGGUCGGCGCCGUCUGGCUCUCGCCCAUCUUCCAAUCCCCGAUGGCCGACUUCGGCUACGACGUCUCCGACUACAGGGCCAUCGACCCGCUCUUCGGCACCAUGGAUGAUUUUUUGGACCUCUUGACCGCCUUCCAUGAGCGCGGCAUCAAGGUGCUGUUGGACCUGGUGCCGAACCACACCUCGGACGAGCACGAGUGGUUCGGGAAGUCGGCGGAGAGCGAGGAGCCGUUCACGGACUACUACGUGUGGGCGGAGGCCAAGUGGGACCAGAACGGGACCCGGCUCCCGCCGUGCAACUGGCUCUCGGCUUUCGGCGGCUCCGCCUGGACCUGGAACGAGAGGCGGCAGAAGUACUACCUCCACCAGUACCACAGGAAGCAGCCCGACCUCAACUACCGCAACCCCCUCGUCCUUCAGGAGCUCAACGACGUCAUUCGCUUCUGGCUUAACCUCGGCGUCGACGGAUUCCGCGUUGACACCGUCGCCACCCUCCUCGAGGACGAUAGAUUUCUGGACGAGCCACGUUCCUUCUGGGAAGGGGUUCCAGCGGACGAUUACCAAUACUUAAAUCACAUCUACACGACGGACCAACCCGGUUCGUAUGACGUCAUCUACGAGUUCAGAGGCGUAUUGGAUCUGUACCGAGAGCUGUCGAACUACAGUAAGUUCAUGACUGUGGAAGCAUAUACGUCGUUGGAGAAUACCAUGCGUUGGUACGGCAACGAGACCAUACGGGGAGCGCACUUUCCGUUCAACUUCAUCAUCCUGGAAGAGAUCAACCAAGGAUCCAACGCGAGUGAUUGGUCGCAGGCCAUCCAGGAUUGGUACAAGGCCAUGCCCAACGGAUGCUGGGCCAACUGGGUCAUCGGUAACCAUGACAAUCACAGAGCCGCAACGCGCUUUGGACGAGACUUCAUGGAUAGUCUGCACAUGAUCCAGUUUAUUCUGCCGGGCACCGUUGUCACGUACAUGGGCGACGAGAUAGCCAUGCAAGACGCCUAUGUUAGUUGGUCGGAGACGGCCGACCCGCAAGGACUCAACGCUGGAAAGGAGCGAUUUGAGGAAAAGUCCCGCGACCCGGAGCGAUCACCGUUCCAGUGGAAUUCUUCCGUCUCGGCGGGUUUCUCGAGCAACUCGACGACGUGGCUGCCGGUGAACGCCGACUUCUGGGACUCCAACGCGGCCGCACAGGCCGACAAGAAGUCCCACCUAAGCGUGUUCAAGUCCCUGGUGGCCCUCAAGCGGCUUCCGGUCCUGCAGCAGGGAUCCCUUCGGCUCUGGUCUGAGGGCGACGUCCUCGUCAUCGCCAGGGAUCUCGAGCAGGUCUCCUACGUCGCCGUGGUCAACGUCGGCCAUUUCCAGACGACUUUCAACUUGAGUCGGCUCCUCCCUCUCCCUGGUCAGUGGCGUGUCUACGCCUCCAGUCUCAACUGCGAGCACCAAGAGGGCCAGCUUCCACAGGUGGAGUCUUUGAUUCUUCGUCCAAAGGCUGGACUCGUGCUCUCCAAUGAUACGAGCAUCGAGACGCAGCUCGAGCGACCUCCGACUCAGAGCAGUCCCAGCAGCAGUGCCGCCGCCAUCUUCCUUCGAGGCUCCUCCUUUCCGGCUAGUUACCUUUUCCCGGCUCUCUUCUUUUUCGCUACCAAGUGGAACUUCUCCUGAUUCAUCCAUCACUUGAUCCAAGGGUCAUUCAAGCAUUACAUCUUGUAUUUAAGCCUACUUUUUAAGCCCCCUCCCAAUUGUACGACAACCUCCCACUCCUCUUUUUGAAUUACGGGGCACUGCCCUGAUAAUUACACCAAUUUUUCAGAAAAUAACCUAGAAAACCUGAGGAAUAGCUGAAAAAUUAUUUUUAUUGAAAAAAAGCGUUAUCCGUGAUAAAUAUUUUUUCAAGCGAGAAGCUCUCAUGAGCUACUUGACUUGCCCCUCCCCUUCCAUAAGCCAGUAUUUAAGAUUAUAUACCAUCUCGUCCAAGAUUUUGGACUCCACGCUCAUCCUUGAUAUACUUGCCUGCUCAUCUCGUUCAAGAAGCAUAGAGCAUAAAAGUUUUUCAAGGGACCUGCGGACCUCAAAGAGCCGGCUCAGCACCGCGCUGAUUGAGCAGAGCGUAAGUGGAACUAGAAUGCCUUCAAUUAUUGGUGUAUGCAACGAGGACAACAUUUGAGCACGAAUAGUUGCAUCGAAAAGUUAGUAAGGAUCCGGCUCGAAGCGAGGCGACGUUGCGCUUCGCCUAUAAAAUCAUGAUGCUGGGGCUCUAUUAUCUUACAUUGUUAAAAUAAAAAUACUUAAGCCUGAUAGCGCUCUUCAA